CUGAACCUGUGAUUCCAAUGCAACCCCUAAUUAUCUUGACCGUGAUGUUACAAGAACAGAAAACAAAGCAAAAUUUGAUAGCAUAUCCCAUUAUUUGGAAAAAAGAACAAGUUCAUCUGAACCCAAUGUUAAUCAGAGAGUAGUCAAGUUACAACGCAAACUUACAUUAAACACAAGAAGGGAAUUUGGUUCAUUUCAGAAGGGUCCAAGAUAUUCGUUGAAUUUAACCAUAAUUGUUUUGAAUGAUUAGUAUUUGUAAAUUGUAAGAAAACAACCUAGUUGGCGGCUCCAAGAGACGGGGGUUGCGGGUAGUCCAGGUACGCUGACCUUUUGGUGUUGCUUUGUGGAUGGACGAAAGCAUUAGCCUUUUCCCAACCAAGAAAGAAAGAAAAGUUGGCUUUCGCUCUUUCUUUCUCUCUCUCUCUCUCCCUCUCGCGGUGACGUGUCCGCCAUUCUUACUCCAUACCUUCCUUCCCCGUUCUUCUUUCCUUCUCCUCACACCGAAAACAAAACUUAAGACUAAAAUAACAUUAAAAAGGUUACUUUUUCUUAGUCUUCCACGAACCCUCCGUGAUCUUCGCCUCGUUGUUACUAUUCAUUCUCACGUAACCACCUCGGAACUCACUCACUUCACUUUUGACGGCCAAACCCAACCCUAAACCAUGCAAGUUUCCUCGUCCUGGUUCGGAACCUUACCUUGCUCACACGUUCGCUCCCUUCCGCCGGAUCCCUGUUCCACCUCAACCACAUGGCUUUUCGCUGCCUCCUACACCCAUUCCUCUUCUACUAACUUCUUAUUCACGCGCCCUCGUCCACAACCCUUCACUUCUUUAUCGUUUCUCGUCUCCCAGAGAAAGGGCUUCUCGCUGACCUCGCUGACACCGAUCAGAAGGACGAAGAAGAGAAGAAGAGCGUUGCGUGUUUCCGCGGUUUUCGAGCGGUUCACGGAGAGAGCGAUAAAAGCCAUAGUCUUGUCGCAGAGGGAAGCCAAAGCGCUUGGAAGCGAAUUGGUUUACUCGCAACAUCUCUUGCUGGGGCUCGUGGCCGAGGAGGAUCGCUCCACCGACGGUUUUCUCGCGUCUGGUAUCACCGUCGAGAAGGCGCGUGAGGUUGUUCGCGUUGUCUGGAAUCGGAACACUUCCGCUCGAGGUGGGGCUGGUGAUGAUGACAAAAGAAGUGCCACGCAGGUUCCCUUUUCUGUCAACGCGAAGCGAGUGUUUGAGGCUGCGGUUGAGUAUUCAAAGUCGCUGGGACACAAAUUCGUUGCCCCGGAACACAUUACUGUUGGUUUAGUCAAAGUAGAUGAUGGAAGUGUUAGUAGGGUCCUUUACAGAUUGGGGACGAAUGGAAACCAAUUGGCAGCUGUGGCAUUCUCCAGAUUGCAAAAGGAGAUUGCUAAAGACGGUAGAGAACCUAAUACGGUGUCCAAGGGAAUGCCUAAGAAAUCGAUUUCUAGAAAAGGUUCUGAUGCUGGAGCCUCUGGCACAACAGGAGAGGAGAGUCCUCUAUCACAAUUUUGUGUGGAUCUCACUGCCCGUGCAAGUGAAGGGCAAAUUGAUCCAGUUGUUGGCCGAGAAGUUGAAGUUCAGAGAAUAAUUCAAAUACUAUGCAGGAAAACAAAAAGCAAUCCCAUUCUUCUUGGUGAAGCUGGGGUUGGAAAAACUGCUAUUGCGGAGGGCCUGGCACUUCGCAUUGCAAAGGCAGAUGUUUCUCCAUUUUUAUUGACAAAGCGUGUGAUGUCCUUGGAUAUAGCCCUGUUAAUGGCUGGAGCAAAAGAAAGAGGAGAGCUAGAGGAACGUGUUACAAACUUGAUAAAAGACGUAAUAAAGUCAGGUGAUGUCAUUCUCUUCAUUGAUGAAGUUCAUAUACUUGUUCAGGCAGGAACAGUUGGGAGAGGAAAUAAAGGAUCUGGCCUAGACAUAGCAAAUUUACUCAAACCUGCACUUGGAAGGGGUCAAUUUCAGUGUAUUGCCUCAACCACCAUAGAUGAAUACAGACUUUAUUUUGAAAAAGAUACGGCAUUGGCUCGACGGUUUCAACCUGUUUGGGUUGAUGAACCGAAUGAGGAUGAUGCGAUUAAGAUCCUUACGGGAAUACGUGAGAAAUAUGAGGCAUAUCACAAAUGCAGAUACACAGCGGAUGCUAUAAAGGCUGCAGUUGAUUUGUCAGCAAGAUACAUAGUUGAUAGGUAUCUACCUGAUAAAGCUAUUGACCUCAUAGAUGAAGCAGGAAGCAGGGCUCGUAUUGUAGCCUUCAAGAAGAAAAAGGAACAAGAAACUGGCAUUCUUUCUAAGUUGCCAGCUGAUUACUGGCAAGAAAUCAGAGCAGUCAAGUCCAUGCAUGAAAUGGAGACCAAGCUUAAAUACUAUGGCGCUUCCAACAUUCAUGAAAACAAUGAACUCAUACUGGAUUCAUAUUUAUCUUCUACGGCCACAGAUGAUGAACCAAUAGUAGUUGGGCCAGAAGAUAUAGCAGCAGUUGCUUCCCUCUGGUCAGGAAUUCCUGUGCAGAAGCUCACGGCUGAUCAAAGAAUUCUUCUGUUAGACCUUGAUAAUAAACUUCGCAAACGUGUUAUUGGACAAGAGGAGGCUGUUGCUUCCAUUUCCAGAGCUGUAAAGAGAUCCCGGGUUGGCCUCAAGGAUCCUGAUAGACCAAUAGCUGCCAUGUUAUUCUGUGGUCCUACUGGGGUUGGGAAAACAGAACUUGCAAAAUCUUUGGCUGCCUGUUACUUCGGAUCGGAGGCAGCCAUGGUACGAUUAGAUAUGAGUGAAUACAUGGAGCGGCAUACAGUGAGCAAAUUGAUCGGAUCGCCCCCAGGUUAUGUUGGUUAUGGAGAGGGUGGCGUUUUAACAGAAGCUAUUAGAAAAAAACCUUUUACCGUGUUAUUGCUUGAUGAAAUAGAGAAAGCUCAUCCAGAUAUAUUCAACAUUCUUCUUCAAAUUUUGGAAGAUGGUCAACUUACUGAUUCUCAGGGUCGCAGAGUUUCAUUUAAAAAUGCAUUGGUGGUAAUGACUUCAAAUGUGGGGUCUAGUGCAAUUGCUAAGGGUCAACACAACUCCAUAGGUUUCUUGAUUCCUGAUGAUAAAACAACGUCAUACAAUGGCUUGAAAUCGAUGGUAAUUGAAGAACUAAGGACAUAUUUUCGUCCAGAAUUGCUCAACAGGAUAGAUGAAGUGGUAGUGUUUCAAUCCCUUGAGAAGUCACAGUUACUGAAGAUAUUGGAUUUGCUUCUUGAAGACAUGAAGAAAAGGGUGUUGUCCCUAGGACUCCAUGUUAAGGUGUCUGAAGCGGUGAAGAACCUAGUGUGCCAGCAAGGCUAUAACCCAACAUAUGGUGCUAGGCCUCUGAGAAGGGCCAUUACAUCACUGAUAGAAGAUCCAUUGAGUGAGGCAUUUCUUUUUGGAGAGUGCAAGCCAGGUGACACUGUCCUCGUUGAUUUGGAUGCUAAUGGUUACCCCUUUGUUACAAAUCAGCUUGAUAAGAUUGUCAAAUUCUCUGACUGACACAACCCAUGCCUGUAAUUAAUUACUGUACAGAAGCAGUAGUAUAUGAUAGGUAUACAUACAUAUACACAUAAUAUGACUAAUGUUUUGUCUCUUUGGUAGCAUAGCUAUUUGAUUCUUAUGAAUGAGCAAGCACACCACAUCAACCAACGAGCUUCUUCAUGGCUCAUCAGAUGUCGGAUUUACUAAAUGUGGCAACACAUUAUUCCAUGUAAAACUUUUGUCCACAAACAUUCUAUUCAAAUUAUAUUCAUUUAUACACAAGCUAUAUAGUUCAACAA